UGAUAAUUUAAACCCCAAAGAUAUUGCCUUUUUCUAUUCAUGUUGGUCCUUUGUAUUCCAUGGGAAGGCGUAUGUACAUGUGGGAAGAACCGAAGACCAUGGGGGAAAUUCGCGGCGGAGAUCCGAGACCCGAAUCGGAGGGGAUCGAGGGUAUGGCUGGGGACAUUCGAAACCGGCAUUGAAGCCGCUAGAGCCUAUGAUCGAGCUGCUUUCAAGAUGCGUGGUUCCAAAGCAAUUCUCAAUUUCCCUCUUGAAGCCGAUAAUUGGUCUGGUUCUGACCCACCAGCGAUAUCUGGCCGGAAAAGGGAGAGAGACAGUAAGACUGAAGAGAGACAACAAGUGGAGAUUAAGGUUUUAAAGAAAGAGGAGCACUUGCCGGAAUCUGACUGCAAAGUGGCGGUAGCCUGUAAUGUUUUGGGGGUUAGUCCGUUGACUCCAUCAAAUUGGAGGGCCGUCUGGGAGGAGAGAGACAUGGAGGGCAUAUUCCAUCUCCCACCGUUAGCGCCGUUAUCACCCCAUCCUUGGAUAGCAUAUACUCAACUUAUGGUUUGAACCAAAUGGUUUACCUUACCAAAGACAAUGAAAUGUUGCUAGAAUUCUUAUAUAUUCCAUGAACAAUAUUGAAUUUGUUUAAACCUUUUAUGGAUGAUAAAUCUCACACUCUUCCUUUUAAA